GAGAAAGUUCAGUGUUCUCAAACGAUGGAUGGAGAGCGGUUGUCUGACGUAGAGUGAAAUGUAUGUACUGCUGCAAACAGCUGCACGGAUUUAGCUUUAAACAUGUUUUAUUCAAAACUAAGAAGUCCAGGAUUAACACGUUCUGUAAUGAAUGUUAUUUGAGCUCACCAGCGUUAUUUUCUCAUUUCAUUGCAAACUUAAUUUUCUAGAUUGAACUCUGCCGUGCUCGAAUUGGCUCGGAGUCUUACCUUCUAAGGACAUUUAAACAUUUAAUACCGUGGAAGCUUUUUUAAAAAAUAUAAUAGACUAAUGUAUACCAACUGGAAUUCAUUUUUUAUAAAUUUGACCUGCAUUUGCGUUGUAUAGCAGCAGGAAAUGCAUUUGUAACAACGGAUUUACAACGCUUGUUUUGGGGGCUGUGCUUACAAUGGUAAAAUAAUAUGGACAUAUCCGCAUGAAUUUACAUUUUCGGUCUGAACAAAUACAACUUGUUCUUACACUAAACAUAUGACUGAAAAGAAGCAUGGAGGGGUCUCCUUUGAAGAUUCUGAUUUCUCUCUGGUGUCAGUUGGUGGUUGCUGGCUACAGUGUGGAGCUAGGAACCUACGACCUGGAACGAGGCAGACCAGCCAAAUGCGAACCCAUAGUAAUCCCCAUGUGCCAGGGCAUUGGCUACAACAUGACCAGAAUGCCCAAUUUUAUGGACCAUGACAACCAAAAGGAGGCUGCCAUCAAGCUGAAUGAGUUUGCACCUCUAGUGGAGUAUGGCUGUGAUGUGCACCUUCGUUUCUUCCUCUGCUCUCUCUACACCCCCAUGUGCACUGAUAAAGUGUCUACCUCCAUCCCAGCCUGCAGGCCCAUGUGUGAGCAGGCCAGGCAGAAGUGCUCACCCAUUAUGGAGAAGUUCCACUACGCAUGGCCUGACUCGCUGGAUUGCUCCAAGCUCCCGACCAGGAAUGACCCCAACGCGCUGUGCAUGGAGGCUCCAGAGAACGACACCAAGACAGAGAUCAAGAAGGGAGAGGGCAUGCUUCCUGUUCCCCCUCGGCCAAGGCAACCGGGUAGCGGUAACGGGCGCUCCACUGGCAGUCUGGGGUCCUGCGAGAACCCAGAGAAGUUCCAGUACGUGGAGAAGAGCCAGUCGUGUGCUCCCCGCUGCUCCUCGGCAGUGGACGUGUUCUGGUCCAGAAGGGACAAGGACUUUGCCUUCAUCUGGAUGACGGUGUGGUCAACGCUCUGUUUCGUCUCCACGUCCUUCACCGUUCUCACCUUCCUCCUGGACCCCCACCGCUUCCAAUACCCUGAACGGCCCAUCAUCUUCCUCUCCAUGUGCUACAACAUCUACUCUGUGGCCUUCAUCAUCCGCUCGGUGGCCGGGGCCGAGAACAUCGCCUGCGACCGGGAGAAUGGCGAGCUCUACAUCAUCCAGGAGGGGCUGGAGUCCACAGGCUGCACCAUCGUCUUCCUCAUCCUCUACUACUUCGGUAUGGCCUCGUCCAUCUGGUGGGUCAUACUUACCCUCACCUGGUUCCUGGCCGCUGGUAAGAAGUGGGGCCACGAGGCCAUUGAGUCCCACAGCAACUACUUCCACAUGGCCGCGUGGGGCAUCCCGGCUCUGAAGACCAUCAUCAUCCUCACCAUGAGGAAGGUAGCAGGGGAUGAGCUGACGGGUCUGUGCUACGUGGGCAGCAUGGACUCUGGAGCGCUCACCGGCUUUGUGCUCAUCCCUCUGUCCUGCUACCUGGUCAUUGGCACGUCCUUCGUCCUCACCGGCUUUGUGGCGCUCUUCCACAUCCGCAAGGUGAUGAAAACCGAAGGCACCAACACGGAGAAGCUGGAGAAGCUGAUGGUGAAGAUCGGCAUCUACUCCAUCCUGUACACGGUGCCCGCCACCUGCGUCAUCAUCUGCUACUUCUACGAGAGGCUCAACAUGGACUACUGGAAGUUCAGGGGGCUAGAGGGCAAGUGCGUGUCGUUCCCCGGGCGCCGGAACGAGGACUGCUCCCUGGAUGCGUCGGUGCCCACUGUGGCGGUGUUCAUGCUGAAGAUCUUCAUGUCUUUGGUGGUGGGCAUCACCAGUGGUGUGUGGGUGUGGAGCUCCAAGACUCUGCAGACCUGGCAGGGCCUGUGCAGCAGGAAGCUGGCAUCAGACAGGACUAGCAGGAAGCCCUGUGGCAGCGUGAGCUGCAGCACACACUGUCAUUACAAAGCCCCUGCCGUGGUGCUCCACAUGGGCAAGACAGACCCUUACUCAGAAAGCCCCACACAUGUCUGACACUGAUAGACAAUAUAUUACCAGUAUGCAGUUCAUUCAAUGCUCUGUCUAAACGCAUGGAGCUACUGGGAUGACAUUGUAGUAUAUGGAAUAAGACUGAGAGGAAUGAGAGAAGUUAAAAUUCAACUGUCAAUUGCUGCUUUUCUGUGCACAGGGAGAAAGCACAGGCUACAGUAUGGAAGUAGACACAGCUUUCCUUAUUUCAGUAUUGAUGCAUUUCAGUAUUGCUCUCUAUAGACACACAAGAUGUGUGGACUGUAUUACACAGAGAUGCUCGACUGCAAUGCAGAAAAGGACUUGCAUGGACAUUUUAAAGGAGAGACAUUGUUCUCCCCUGAACUGGGUAUAAAUAACUUCAUAAAUAUGUUUAAAUGUUAAACAGUCUAUUUAUUGUAUAUAUAUUUAAUUGAAGUUUACUUUGGUUUCUCACAAGUUUGAUUGGAGUGAACAUGCAUCUAUUAGGCUAAAGAUUAAACUCUUGAGAAUCAAGGAAAAUAAAGUGCCUCUUAUCAAGUUCUUACGAAUAAUAACAUGUGGUAUACAUUUUCAACCGGUCUUUUAAUUGUAUGUUCUUGGUCAUGGUUUAUUUACUAUUAUUAAGUUCAGUGUGAAUCCUAUAUAUGUUUCAAUAUGGCGUCGCUUCAUUAUAUUGAUUGAGGAAAUUAUAUUUAGUGGAGACUUGAGAGGAAAAUCCAUUGCAAAACAUAUUGCAUCUUACGUUCUCUUUGAUAAUAAUUUGGUUCUAUAAUAAAUCAAUAAAAACAUUUCUCACAAAAGGAGAACUUGGUUAGAUUACCUAUGGCUAUAGAUAUUCAUGAUUCGUUCAUUUCAUUAACCCAGGACGACCACAAUAAAUCAGAUGUGCUAGACUGUAGUAGGGUUUAUUCUCUUUUGGGUGAAGUAGACUGUAGUAGGGUUCAUUCUCUUUUGGGUGAAGUAGACUGUAGUAGGGUUCAUUCUCUUUUGGGUGAAGUAGACUGUAGUAGGGUUCAUUCUCUUUUGGGUGAAGUAGACUGUAGUCGGGUUCAUUCUUUUGCAAAUUAAAGGUGGCCUGUUUCCUAUGGUAAUGCCAACAUGAAAAAAUGAACUGUAAACCUUUGGAGCACAUACAAUAUAAGAAUAAAUACAACCGUUUAUAUUCCUAA